GUGACCUUCAGGUGGCCAUUCGGGAUGAUGGACUUUCUAUCCCAGAACCAUGGCUCCAUUUGUCCGUAACCUUGUGGAGAAGACCCCAGCACUGGUGAAUGCUGCUGUGACUUACUCGAAGCCUCGAUUGGCCACAUUUUGGGACUACACCACGGUUGAGCUGGUUCCUCCCACCCCUGCUGAGAUCCCUAGAGCUAUUCAGAGCCUGAAAAAAAUAGUCAAUAGUGCUCAGACUGGUAGCUUCAAACAGCUCACAGUUAAGGAAGCUUUGCUGAAUGGUUUGGUGGCCACUGAGGCGUCGAUGUGGUUUUAUGUAGAGAGAUCAUAGGCAAGCAUGGCAUCAUUGGCUAGAAUGUUUGAAGACUAGUCUUUAACAUCUGAUUAUAUUUGAUUUAUUAUUUGAGUGUUGUUGGACCAGGUGUGAUCAGACUGCUAUCUGAAUAAAAUAAGAUUUGUCAAAAA